CUUCUUGUCAUCAUCAAUACACCUGUAGAUACCUUCAAUCGCCCGUCAUGGCCGCUAUACCCCCCGCCGCCGUCGUCGACACUGCUGGCCCAACUGGCUCCGAGGAGAUCCAUGUCGCUCCAUCCCUCCCACUCACCCAGAAACUCAAGUAUGGCGCAUUAGCUUACGGCAUCACCAAACUCAUCAAGACCCCGCUUAACUUGAUCACUGCCAUCAAGACCGAUUACUUGGGCACUUCCCCUACCAACCCGGAUAUCAUCAAGGCGCUUCCUUCAAGACCGCAGUUGCCCGUUCGGGUAUUCCUCCCCAAAUCUCACUCGGACGAGUCUCCAUCUGACACAAAGCUCCCCACCUUACUCACCAUCCACGGCGGCGGCUUCGUCAUCGGCUCACCCUACGACAACGACAGCUGGAACCGGCGCUUCGUCCAACUCGCCGAAACAGCCGGUACGUCCUUUUGCGUAAUCGCCCUCGACUACCGCAAAGCCCCUUCCUACCCUUUCCCCACAGCAAUCCACGAUCUCGAAGCCGUCAUUUUGGACCUCCUCAAGCCAGAUUCAGAUUCAUCAAACCACGGCGGCGACCUACCAAUCGACCUCGACCGCGUCGCCAUCGCCGGGUGGAGCGCCGGCGGGAAUUUGGCGUUGGCCGUCUCGCAAUUACCGACAAUUCGCCCGCUAAUCAAGGCUGUGGUGCCCAUGUACCCCGUUCUGGACUUUGUCACGCCUUCAGAAGUCAAAGCGACGAAAUCGAGACGGUAUAAAUCUGCGCUGGGCGGGUUUAGGGGAAAGGACACGGAUUUCUUGAUGGGGUUGUCGGGCAUGUUUGAUUGGGCUUAUGUUUCCCCCGGGCAAAGGAUGGGGGACCCGUUGUUGAGUCCGGUUUAUGCUGUUACGGUGGAAGAAGAUGCAACCGCAGAAGGGGGGGGAAGGGUGGUGGUAAAGGGGAGGGAAAAGUUUCCUGCGAAUGUGUUUGUCAUUGCAUGCGAGCUGGAUAUGUUGGGGGGCGAGGCGUGGAGGUUGGCGUGCAAGUUGGGAGGGAAAAAGGUACCGGGGGUAGAGGAUAUGUUGGGACGGGAAGAGGUUGGUGAGGAGAAGGGAAAGUUGGAGUUGGAGGAUGAGAGGUUUCAUUGGCAGGUGGAGGUUACGGACUCGGAGGAGGAUGGGCAAACGCAAGUGAAGAGGAGGUAUAGGUGGUUGUUGGUGCCGGAUGCGAUUCAUGGGUAUGAUCAAGAUGGCGUUGGGCGAUUUGGAGAUGAGGAGUUGGUUGGCGAUGGGAUGGAGAAGAGGGAGGAGGUUAUGAAGAUUAUUAGGGGGUGGUUGGUUGAUGAGGUUCUAUGAGCUGUUGGGGACUUGGGUUCUAUCUUGUGUACAUUCUCGCGAAUGGGUAGGAAACGUUGUUUUUGUUCUUGUUUGCUG